AUGUUUUCAGAUGGUCCAGUACAGCAGGUGAUCAUGGCCAUGUGGUUGAACCAAUCAUUCACAGAUGACUUUAUCCUCUUGGGCAUUUUUUCCUACAGCCCAACAGAUCUUCUUCUUUUCUCUGUGGUCAUGCUAGUCUUCACAGUGGCACUCUGUGGGAAUGUCCUCCUCAUCCUCCUCAUCUACACUGAUCCCAGACUUCACACCCCCAUGUACUUCUUCCUCAGUCAGUUCUCCCUCAUGGACCUCAUGCUGGUCUGUACCAAUGUGCCAAAGAUGGCAGUCAACUUCCUGUCUGGAGAGAAGUCCAUCUCCUUUGUGGGUUGUGGUAUACAAAUUGGCCUCUUUGUCUCUCUUGUAGGGUCUGAGGGGCUCUUGCUGGGACUCAUGGCUUAUGAUCGCUAUGUGGCUAUUAGCCAUCCACUCCACUACCCUGUCCUCAUGAAUAAGAAGGUCUGUCUUCAGAUCAUUGGGAGCUCUUGGGCCUUUGGGAUAGUAGAUGGUCUGGUGCAGAUGGUGGUGGUAAUGACCUUCCCCUAUUGUAGCUUGAGGGAGGUGGACCACUUCUUCUGUGAGAUGCUCUCCUUGCUGAAGCUGGCCUGUGUGGACACAUCCCUAUUUGAGAAGGUAGGGUUUGUCUGCUGUGUCUUGAUGCUGCUGUUUCCCUUCUCCAUCAUUGUAGCCUCCUAUACUCGCAUCCUAGGAACCGUUCUCCGUAUGCACUCUGCUAAAUCCCAGAAAAAGGCUCUGGCCACCUGUUCCUCCCACCUCACAGCUGUCUCCUUCUUCUAUGGAGCAGCCAUGUUCAUCUACCUCAGGCCAAGACAAUACCGGACUCCAAGUCAGGACAAGAUGGUGUCUAUCUUUUACACAGUCCUUACUCCUAUGCUCAACCCCCUCAUUUAUAGUUUGAGGAAUCGUGAUGUGAUAGGAGCACUGCAGAAAGGGCUGGACCGCUGCAGGAUUGGCAACCAGCACUGA